GCGUUCCCGCCUAAAUCCAGCCGGGACAGGCGGAAUCCGCCUGGAAAUGGCGGGACUGAGCCUAUAUUCCUUGGGGAUGGAUCCUAAAUCCUCUGGGAUUGAGCCAAAGCGCCCAAAUCCUGGAGUUUCCACGGAUAAGGGCGGUACGGGAAAGGGCGAGCGCCCAGCCCCUUUCCGGCCCUUCCUGAGGCGCCUCCGCCAUUUUCUUGCCGCUACCACUGGGACCGGUUCUGCGCCAGGACCAGCGGAAUCCGCCAGAAAAUGGCAGGACUGAGCCUAAACCCACUGGGGAUGGAUCCUAAAUCCCCUGGGAUUGAGCCAAAGCGCCCAGAUCCUGGAGCUUCCAUGGGUAAGGGCAGUACUGGAAAGGGCGGGCGCCCAGCCACUCUCCGGCCCUUCCUGAGGCGCCCCCGCCAUCUUCUUGGCGCCGUCCCCGGGGCCGGUUCUGGACCGGGACCGGUGGAAUCCGCCAGAAAAUGGCAGGACUGAGCCUAAACCCACUGGGGAUGGAUCCUAAAUCCCCUGGGAUUGAGCCAAAGUGCCCAAAUCCUGGAGCUUCCAUGGGUAAGGGCGGUACUGGAAAGGGCGGGCGCCCAGCCACUUUCCGGCCCUUCCUGAGGCGCCUCCGCCAUCUUCUUGGCGCCGUCCCCGGGGCCGGUUCUGGACUGGGACCGGUGGAAUCCGUCAGGAAAUGGCGGGACGGAGGCUAAAUCGCCUGGGGAUGGAUCCUAAAUCCCCUGGGAUUGAGCCAAAGCGCUCAAAUCCUGGAGCUUCCAUGGGUAAGGGCGGUACUGGAAAGGGCGGACACCCCGCUCCUUUCCCGCCCCUUCUGAGGCGGCUCCGCCUUUUCUUGGCGCCGUUCCCGGCGCCGGUGCUGGGCCGGGGCCGGCGCUGGUCCCGAGGCUGCUUCACCACCAGAGCGUCCCCAAGGUGUCACCAGUGACCAUGGAGACCAAAGAGCUGUCCCCGGCCAUGCUGCAGGCACAGGUCACCGUGGUGGCCACCCUGGGCGAGCUGCUGGACACCCUGCCCACACGGGACGAGGAGGAGACACUGCAUGAGUCCUCAAAGCGCCUGCACAGGGGCCUGGAGGAAUUCACCCAGGAGCUCUGGGUCACCCUGCAGCGCACUGAGAACACCUGGAGGCGCCACAUUGUCACCGAUGAUGAUGAUGGCGGUGUCACCUCCCUGAGCCAGGCCCUGGCUGCGUAUAAGAGCACCCCACAGAGCACCCAGGACCGUGUGGCAAUGGCGGCCAGCGAGUGGCAGCGGUUGGUGGCUGCGCUCAAGAACAGCUGGGCCAAGCUGGUCAGGAAGGCCACCGAGCUCCGUGACACCUGCAGGGUGGCGGUCACUGAGGCGGCCGCCACCCAGGCCAGGGAGAUGCAGGACCAGGCUGCCCGUGAUGGGACAGCUCUGGAACGCAUGGGGGAGCUGGCUCAGGCCCUGGGUGGGGAGGAGGGGGCCGAGGUGGAAGCCAGGCCUGAAUCCCCGGUGAGAAGAGAGGCCAGGGUGGCUGCCAUCCAGGCAACAAGGGCCACCACGGAGAGAGAGCGUCUGGAGGCGGCCCUGGGGCUGCUGGAGCGCUUGGUGGCCGCGUGUGACGAAGCGACCGCGUUCCUCCGGGAGCUGCAGCGCCUGCUCAGGGACACCGAGACCACCCUGGAGGGGACAAAGAAGAAAUCCCCUGAUGUCCUGGAGGACUCAGAGGCCACGCGUGACGAAGCCGUCACCUUCCGCUCGAGUCCGUGGCACGUGUUCAGGCAUCCCAAGGCCACCCUGAAGGGGAGAAAGAAGAAAUUCCCCGAUGUCCCCGAGGACUUGGUGGCCAAGGUGGACGAGGCCGAGCGGUUGUGGGAGGCCAACACCCGCCUGGCCAAGGAUCACCUGCUGUGGGCACUUCACGACAUCACCAAGUUCUAUUUUCAUGGUGGUUCUGCCGGCACCAAUGCCCUUGAGGUGGCCGAGCGGUGCCAAAGAGCCAUCGAGGACAUCUCAAGGCUCCUUCGAACUCCAGAGCAUCCCCAGAGCGUCCCCAAGGUGUCCCCAGUGAGCACGGAGCCCCAAGAGAUGUCCCCGGCCAUGCUGCAGUCACAGGUCACCGUGGUGGCCAUCCUGGGUGAGCUGCUGGAGACCCUGCCCACGCAGGAAGAGGAGGAGAUGCUGCUCAAGUCCUCAAAGCGCCUGCAAAGGGGCCUGAAGGAAUUCACCAAGGAGCUGCGGGUCGCCCUGCGCCGCAUUGACGACACCUGGAGGCGCCACAUUGUCACCCUUGAUGAUGAUGAUGGCGGUGUCACCUCCCUGAGCCGGGCUCUGGCUGCCUACGAGAGCACCCCAGGGAUCAGCAGAGAUGACGUGGCAAGGGCGGCCAGCGAGUGGCAGCGGUCGGUGAAUUUUCUUGUGGACAGAUGGGCGGAGCUGGUCAGGAAGGCCACCAAGCUCCGUGACACCUUGAUCAAGGUGGCCGCUAAGGCACUCAUCGCCGAGCUCAGGGAGCAGCAGGACGAGGCUCCCCGUUAUAAGACAUAUCUAGGACACAGGGUGGAGCUGGGUCAGGCCCGGGGUGGGGAGGAGGGGACUGAGGUGGUGGCCAGGACUGAAUCCCCAGUGAGGAGAAAGGCCAGGGUGGCUGCCAGCGAGGAAACAACGGCCACCAUGGUGAGACAGCGGGUGGAGGUGGCCGUGGGGCCAUUGCAGUGCUUGGUGGCCGCGUGUGACGAAGCCGCCGCGUUCCCCCGGGAGCUGCAGCGCCUGCUCGGGGACACCAAGAUUGCCCUGAAGGGGAGAAAGAAGAAGUUCCCCAAUGUCCCUGAGGACUUGGUGGCCAAGGUGGCCGAGGCCGAGCGGCUGUGGGAGACCAACGCCCGCCUGGCCAAGGAUCACCUGGUGGGGAUAAUUGACGACUUCCUCGACUACUAUAGCAGGGGUGGCCGUGCCAGGCCCAGUGCCCGUGAGGUGGCCAAGCGGUGCCAAAGAGUCAUUGAGGACAUCCCAAAUCUGUUGCAGGAUGAUGAUGUCACUGCCAUGACGUCAUAAUGGCACUGACAUAAUCGGGGACAUCACUGCUGUCACCUCUCCCCUCCCCAUGCAGUAUUUGAGACUAAUGUCCCAAAUCCUUAUGGGAAUUGACCUCACUCAGGGGACAUUUUUGACAACACAGAUGGGGCAUUUUGAUGCAUGUGGAUAAU